AUGGCAGCAGCAACUGAGUGGGAGCUGCAAGCAGCAGCUCCUGCAGGUUGUUUCUCUGUUGCUGCUUUUUUCAAAGCAAUAGAGGCAGCAACUGCAACAGCAGCAGCAGCUGCUGCAACAGCAGCACCAGCAGCAGCAACAGAAGCAGCAGCAGCAGCAGCAGCAGCAGAAGCACCAGCAGAAGCAGCAGCAGCCAUCUCUGAUUUCCGCCUUUCUCGCUUUCUCUCCUCAACAGUAGUGACAGCAAAGCUGAAGCUCCUAAAAGAGGAUGCUGCUCGUUUGAGGCUUCAGCUGCAGGAGAAUCCGCAGUGGCAGAUUUUCCUCAGCCCCUGCGCAUGCAGCAGCAGCAGCAACAGCAGCAGCAGCAGCAAGACGCCCAGCAGCAACAGCAGCAGCAGCAGCAGCAACAGCAGCAACAGUAGCAGCAGCGACAGCAGCAGCAGCAGCACUUGCCAGUGCGGCAUGGGAGACCUUCAGGGGUUUAGCCUCUCUGUGCUGCUGCCAGGACGUUUGCUGCCUUUUUUGCUGCUGCAGCAAAUCCUGGAAACCCUGCAGCAGCACAAUUGCUGCACACACAGCGUGGAGACAGAGCUGCAGGGGCCCCUGGUUUAUGGCGGCCCCUCUCGCCGUUUGCUGCUUAAGGUCUCCUUCGGUUUGCUGCACUGCAGCAGACCUGCUUGGCAGCAAAUUUUGCUGCUGCUGCAGCAGCUGUCCCUCCUUUUUGCUGCUGCUCUUCCCUGGAGUUUCCGCCGCAGCAGCUUUGAGAUUCACUCGAAGCUCAACACGGCGCUGCUGCUGAGUGUGGGAGAGCCUGCAGCAGCAGCAGCAACAGCAGCAGCAGCAGCAACAGGAGCAGCAGCAAAUAUCCCUGAAUGCAGCAGCACGCUGGCUGAGAGUCAGUCACAGGUGAGACCAGCAGCAGCAGCAGUAGCUGCACAAGCAGCAGCAGCAACAGCAAUCGCAACAGCCACUGCAGCAGCAAUUGCAGAAGCUAAUGCAGCAGCAACUGCAGCAGCAACUGCAGCAGCAACUGCAGCAGCAACUGCAGCAGAAACUGCAGCAGCAACUGCAGCAGCAACUGCAGCAGCAGCUGCAACAGCAACUGUAGCAGUAGCAACAGUAGCAACCACAACAGUGCCAGCAACUGCAGCACAUUCCUUCUGUACUGCGUCAACCGCCAGGGGUGAGCAGCAGCAGCAGCAGCAGCAACUGCAGCAACAGCAGCAACUGCAGCAACUGCAGCACCAGCUGCAGCAGCUGCAGCAGCUGCAGCGGCAGCAGCAAGAGCGGCAGCAGCUGCUACUGGUGCAGCAGCAGCUCCAGUGUAUUUACCGCGUGUCUUUUCAGCAGAAGUCCAGCAGCACACUGCAGCAAGAAGCAGCAGCAAAAAGUGAAGGCCGUGCUGUUGCAGUUGUCUCACCGGACCUGCCAGCUGUAGAAGUCGACUUUUACGCACCGCCGCCCCCGGAGAGGGAGGUGGACGCUCUGCUGCCUCUCUUGGGUCUCCGCCGGUGGCAAGUUAGGCGCUUUGCUGCUGCAUGUCCUUUUCACCCCAUCAGCAGCAAAAGACAAAAGAGCAGCAGCAGCCGCAGCAGCAGCAGCAGCAGCAGCCGCAGCAGCAGCAGCAGCAGCGACAGCUGCAGCAGCAGCGACAGCAGCAGCAGCAAUGAGUCAGAGGAAUUCUGCAGCCUUCAGGCGGCCCCCCAGGAAACUGUCAUCUCAAUGCCGCUCGGCAGCAGCAGCAGCAGCAGCAAGAGCAGCAGCAGCAGCAAGAGCAGCAGCAGCAGCUUGAGUGGCCCGUUUUGUCUGGUUUCUCUUGCUUGCUUCGUACUCAAUACUCCGCAGCACAUUGCUGAAAGCAAGUUAGAGGCCCUGGAAAGGGCUUUUGAUUUAGAGCGAAGGGCCUUCUCGAAAAUAAAAGCAGAGCUGCUUCAAAGACGUUUCUUUGCUGCCUUCUGUGUCGAGGACAGAAAGUCCAGUGUAGCAAUGGCCGGUGCUGCUGCGGUUCCCCCAAAAGACACGCAGCAACAGAGCUACCAGCUGGAGGCAGCAGCAGCAGAAGCAGCAGCAGCAGCAGAAGCAGCAGCAGCAGCAGCUGCAGCAGCGACAAGCGAACCCACGAGAGGUGAAGUGCUGGGGAACAGAAACUGCAACAGCAGCAGCAGCAACAGCAGCAGCAGCAACAGCAACAGCAGCAGCAGCAGCAGCAACAGCAACACCCACAGCAGCAACGGCCGCAGCAUCAACAGCAGCAGCAGCAGCAGCAGCAGCAGCAGCAGCGGAAGGCGCCACAAGGGGACCUGGGAGCUUUUGCUGGUGCAGCAGCCGCAAGUAACCCCGCAGUUUGCUGCUGCUGCUGCUGCAGCAGCAGAAGCAGCAGGAGGCCUCUUCAAGGCUGGUCAACGCGUUUCUCCCUUGGGGGAGUUUGUUGCAGCAAGGUUCUAUUUGCUGCUGCCUAACGGAGCUGCCGCUGCUGCACUGCGAGGGGAGCUGCAGCGCAUAGCAGCAGCAGCAGCAGCAGCAACAGCAACAGCAGCAGGAGCAGCAGCAGCAGCAGCAGCACGCGGUGCUGUUGCUGCUCCUUUUCAGGAUUCAACAUUGAUAGAAGAAGAAGUGAUCGAUGAAAUAGCUGCCCUGAUAGGGAAGGAGAAAGAAGUGUCUGCCAUAACUCGCGAGGCCAUGGGAGGUUUUCUUCCUUUUUCUGAAAGUUUCAAAAAGCGACUCAAGCUGCUCAAAGGAGUCAAAAGGUAG